GACUUCAGUUCUCAGCUAGCAAGCUAUUCAUUUGCUCCAGUUUUACUUUAUAUUGCUGCUCCUUAUUUGAUUGCGUGAAAUCGUGAAAUUAUUUGUUGUCGAAGAAAGUGUCCAAAAAAUCGUUUUGAUUUUUGUAUUGUUUUCAUUCAAAGUGAAUUCCAAAGUUGUCGUUAUACUCGAUGGCCGAUCCAGGGGAAGGUUUUAGUUGUCAUAGGUGUGAAAUUUCUGCUGCAAAGUUCGAUAUUCUGGACCCCCAACACGCAUCCUUGAAAUACCCCCAAUUGUGCUUGGCAAACGAAUUGAUGAAAGAACUUAACCUUUGUGCACACGACCACAGCUUUGUGCCACCUUGGUAAAGAGGCAUAUAAAACGUUUUUGGUUCAACCUAUUUGGAAAUUUGCUGGUUUAAAGGGUUUACUUCUCGUGAACUCCGUCGUACAAGACAUGGGAUAAAAUUAACGAUUCUCGUUAGGCCAAGAAUUUAUCUUGACCACCAAAAGACAGUUAAAGACAUUUCAAUUGUAGUAGUGUAGUUUUAAGUGAAACAAAAUGUCCAUUUGUGUUUUGAAUUUGCAGAAGUCGUACAAGUACAUGAUGUACGCGACAAAACAGCCAUCAUUAAGGAUCAAUCAGUCCGAUCUGAAAUGCAAGAAUGGAUGUGGGUUCUAUGGCAAUGCUGAUUGGGAAGGCUAUUGUUCGAAAUGCCACAGAAAUCACAUGGAACAAAAAAAACAGGGACAGUCCAGCAAACAGAAGACAAACGUCUUCACCAAGUUCGAAGAAAAAAAACGACAGCAAUCUGAUAAGAAAACCAAGUUUUUACCCCUCUUUAGAAAACCUAAUACUAAAGAUGCUGAAAAGCAGCGUUCUUCCGAAGUAAAACACAACAAUCCAGAUGCAGAAAAACUUAUGACAGAAUUUAUGGUUACAUUCAAUGAGUAUGGAGCAUCCUUAAGGAACGAUUUCUUCAAACUAACACAGCUCUUCAUCAAGAAGACCAAAGCUGAUGUUGAUGUGAACAAACCUAUCGACGAUAUUUCAGACGUUGUGCAAAAGUUCUAUAGUUCUUUCAAUGAUCAUCUGAAUACCUCAAAGGUAUAUAAAGAUUUGCAGCCUGAAAUCAAAGAGCAACUGCUGAAUUUCUUCGAGAAAUAUGUCAUGACACUACUCUACAGUGCCCUGUUUUGUCCACAAACAACUAACGAUGAAGAAAAGGACUUGGCCAUUCAAGAACGUAUCCGCCAACUGAGUUGGGUAAAUGCACAUCAUUUGGAUAGCUGCAUCAAUGAAACAAGCAUAGAAGUUCGAGAUCUAGUGUAUACGGCCAUCGCGGACCUUUUAGGGAUGGAUUCAAUGAAAUCGCCUCUUGAAAAACUCACCUGUGUAGUGAAAUGCUGCAGAAAUGUUGUAGAGGUGUUAAGGCAUUGUCGAGGGGGACCAGUAAGCGCUGACGAAUUUUUACCUGCCUUAAUCUUCGUGGUUCUGAAGGCAAAUCCUGCGAGGUUGAAGAGCAACAUUCUGUAUUGCACCAGAUUCUGUAAUGAUGCUAGACUAAUGAAGGGUGAAGCUGGCUAUUAUUUCACGAAUUUGUGUUGCGCCGUAUCGUUCAUAGAAAAUCUCACUGCUGAAUCAUUCAACAUGCCAGAACAAGAGUUUGAGAGCUAUAUGUCAGGGGAAAUAACCUGCAUCAGUGCAUGGGAAUCUGCUCUUGUGGCAUGUGAAGGCAUGCACCAACUUCGCGAACAUCUUAACAUCAUAAAAGACCUUUCAGUCAGAACGUCGGCAGUACAAGAAAGCACCAAGGCUUUGCGAGACGAGAUAGAGAAUUUCAAGGUUGAGCUGGACGAAACUGUAGCUGAAGUACUGGAUAGAACGCCAUUGGUAAUUAAACCUAGGAAAGUAAUAAUAUCUUUGGAUUCUCAAGCAACAAGCAUUUCCAGUGUUAACCCUGCAGCUAUUCCUCUGGAUUUGGAAGCUUCUGAAGGAUCUGGGGCUAGUUUCUAUCAGCAGAAUAUAGAGAUUGGACAGCUCAAUACCUACAACAAAUCCGCACUACAGCUGGAUAUAACGCCUUGCGUGAGAGUAGAAUCUAACGAUAACAUUGCUAGUGUAGAUGAUACUCCCGAUGACCACAGUCAAAACUCUUUAGGUCUUUCCAAAAUCAACUACGACAUUGAUUUUUCUGAUCUGAGCGGUGACAAUAGCCUUGGCGAAGAUAUAACACCUGAUAGAAAGUCGUUAAAUAUUACCCCGGAUCCCUUUAGUCCCAUUGAGGGUGCUUGUGCAAUUACACAAGAGCCCCUAGUUCCAUCUAUGGCAUAUUCUGGUACUUCUAUACAGAAGGAGGAAAACGAUUUUGUGCCACCUUUCCAAGAGAGUAAUGAUUCUAUUACUACUUUACUGGAUGAAGAUAAAGUAAUAUCACAAAAACUACCGCCUCCUCUGAAACCCUUGAAUACCUACUCUGGAUUUUCGAAGCAAGGACUACAAAUCCCCAGCAUUCCAUGUAACACAGGUGAUUUGAGUACAUUGAAUGUUCCAUCAAGUUCUGGAAAUGCUAAUAAAAAAGGUGCAUAAAUUAUCAAAAUAGUGAAUACAUAAAUUCAAUGAUAAGAAAUAGUAUUUGUUUUUAUUCAAUAUUUUAUUAUUUGUUUUACUUGGUUUUAACGACUUAAAUUUUAUCUAGUGAAAGCGGUCCUUUUGAAAUGUCUUUUACGUAUGAAGAAAUCAAGCGUGUUGUUUAUGAAAUUAGAUUUUUUUAUAGUUAUUGUUGAGAUUUUCGUAGUUGUUGAUAUCCAGAAAUUAAGAAUUGAAGUAAAACUUUAAAUCUAGCAAUGUAAUUGGUGGAAUUGUGAAACACAUUAAUAAAUUCCAGUAAUUCAAA